UCAGAAUUGCAGAUAUGUUGUCCUGUCCGAUUCCGCCUGAUCGAUCGAGGGAUCAGAUACAACCACCACCCAAGAGCCAUGACUUGAAUAGCCGCACGCCCAUACAUAUGGCACGGAUUAUAUCUCCAGCUCAGCUGCUCGCUCGCCCUGCCGCUCUGGUCAAUGUCCCGAUCUACAAACUGCAGGUUCACAGCUACACGCCUGCUUCUCCCCCCUGCUCCAUUUUUAAGCAAGCACGCGGGCACAAACAAGAGCGAGACCCAGACGGUUCUAAUCUCGGAAGUGUUCUGAGCGAGCAAGCAAGCAAGGCCAGAGAGACGAUGAGGGGGCCGGAAGAACUAGCCGCGUCGGCGCGGCGGCGGACGCUGGUGCUGGUGAACCUGGCGUCGGUGCUGGAGAAGGCGGACGAGGUGCUGCUCCCGGCGGUGUACCGGGAGGUGGGCGCCGCGCUGGGCGCGUCCCCGACGGCGCUCGGAUCUCUGACGCUCUGCCGCGCGCUCGUCCAGGCCCUCUCCUUCCCGCUCGCCGCCUACGCCUCCGCGCGCCACGACCGCGCCCGCGUCGUCGCCGUCGGCGCCUUCCUCUGGGCCGCCGCCACCUUCCUCGUCGCCAUUUCCGGCACCUUCCUCCAGAUGGCGAUUUCGCGGGGGCUGAACGGCAUCGGCCUGGCGCUGGUCAUCCCGGCGAUCAGCUCGCUCGUCGCCGACUACACGGACGACCACACCCGGGGCGCCGCGUUCGGGUGGCUGCAGAUGACCAUCAACCUCGGCUCCAUCGUGGGCGGCUCCUUCGGCGUGCUCCUGGCGCCCUUUACCUUCCUCGGCGUCCCGGGCUGGCGUCUCGCGUUCCACAUCGUGGGCAUCAUCAGCGUCGCGCUGGGCGUCCUCAUGUGGUUCUUCGCCGCCGACCCUCGCGCCAAGUCCAAGACCUCGGCGUCGGCGAAGGAGGAGGCCGAGGAGCUGCUCCGGGACGCCAGGGCCGUCAUCGCCGUGCCCACGUUCCAGGUCAUCGUGGCGCAGGGGAUCGCCGGCCUGAUAUCCUGGUCGGCGCUCAACUUCUCCACCAUGUGGCUGGAGCUCGUUGGGUUCACGCACUGGGAGACCAGCGUCAUCACGGGGCUGUACCUGUUCGCCACUGCUCUCGGCGCGCUCUUCGGGGGCUUCAUCGGCGACAAGGUCUCCACGCGGUUCCCCAACGGCGGAAGGAUCGCACUGGCACAGAUAAGCUCGGCGUCGGCUGUCCCGCUCGGCGCGAUCCUGCUGCUUGGGCUGCCUAACGACCCGUCGACCGGCGUCGCGCACGCUGCCGUGUUCUUCACGAUGGGAUUCUUCAUUUCCUGGAACGCCGCGUCCACAAACAACCCAAUUUUCGCGGAGAUUGUGCCGGAGAGGGCAAGGACAACGGUUUACGCGCUGGACAAAUGCUUUGAAUCAGUAUUUGCUUCAUUCGCGCCUCUUGUUGUCGGUAUUUUAGCAGAGCGCGUAUUCGGCUAUAAGCCCGUCUCUUCGGAAACAAGCGUCGAAACUGACAGAGAGAAUGCAGCUGCAUUGGCGAAGGCAGUGUACACGGAGCUCGCGGUGCCCAUGGCCAUCUGUUCCUUGACAUACGCCUUCUUGUACUGGACUUACCCUCGAGACAGAGACAAAGCGAAAAGGAGCCUUCUGUUGGCAUCGGAUGACCGGUACUAUCAGGAAGCUAGUUACAGCCAGUCAAGUGCAGUGCGUGCCCGGGAAGAUGAAGAAUCUGCUGCUAGUUCAUUAAAUCAAGGCCUGAUAUCCACAAGAGAGUAGCUACCGAAGAGAGACUGACAAGAGCAACAAAAUCCAGUCUACAGAUUUUUACGACUGCACAUCGGUUUCAGGUUUCCCGACAAUUGAACAGCUCUGCAUGCCCGAUCGGAACGUUUAUUUCAUCUAUACCAUGGAAUCAAUUCAGCUAUAGGAUGUAUACUUGAAUUUUCCUACUGCAGCGGGUGGAGAUAUGGAAUUCUGUGGACUCUAGACACAACCGUGAAAAUGGUUACAGAAACAGGCUCUGGGACGCAUAUGAAUAUUUUUUUUUGUUUUUCCGGCCACCUGUGGCUUGUAAACUGAUUACUUCUGUGAGAGACUGUUUUUUUAAAUCUUAAAAAGGCUGUGUACACCGAUACAGAGGUCGCAGAUUUCUUUUUUUCAGAAAAAAGACAAAAAUAUGUGUGCUGUAAUUAUUUUCAAUGCUGCCGUAACUAA